AUGGAACAUGAGGCUUCCCAGCUUGAAAAGCAGCAUGUGCACAGUGUCUAUAAAAGCACAGCCACCUGUUUCGAUGACCUACAGGGCAAAGCAUGGCCUCGUGUUCGUCAAUUUCUGCUAGAGCAAGAGCCAGGAAGCCUUGUUGCUGAUAUAGGUUGUGGGACUGGAAAAUACCUCUGUGUUAACAGCCAGGUAUAUAACCUUGGAUGUGAUUAUUGCAGCCCUUUGGUUGAGAUUGCAAGAAGUAAAGGCUGUGAAGUGAUGAUCUGUGAUAAUCUUAAUCUCCCCUUUCGGAGCCAGUGCUUCGAUACAAUCAUCUCUGUGGGAGUGAUUCACCAUUUCUCCACAAAACAAAGGCGAAUCAAGGCCAUAAAAGAAAUGGCCAGAGUUCUGGUCCCUGGAGGCCAAAUGAUGAUUUAUGUUUGGGCCAUGGAGCAAAAGAAUCGGCGCUUUGAGAAACAAGAUGUGUUUGUUCCAUGGAACAAAGCCUUGUGCUCCCAGUUGCUUUCUGAGUCCAAUAAAGAUGGACGUAAGACUGAUCCUGCAUAUGGCACAAAAUCUCAGACAUUGCAUUCUUGCCAACCAAUGGGCUCCGAAUAUAGCUACCCUAUUACCCUUGAUCAGAAACAUCCCAAAAGACCAGAUGGCUGCUUUGCUGAAGCCUGCUGUGUGAAAAUUUCAGAAGAAGGAGGGGAAGAAGAAGAAAACCGAUUUUACAAUGCUCUGGGGAGAUCUUUUCGUUCUUGGUUUUCAUCCAGAUCUCUAGAUGAGUCGACCUUGAGAAAGCAGAAUGAAAAGGUGGAGCCUUUGAAGAACACAGCUGGAUGGUUGCACAGCACUGCUGUAUCUGCUCAGCCAUCAAGGCAUUGCAGCUUAGACUUGGGGUGCAGAGGUCCAUUGCUGAAGGAGCAACGGAUUGAUGCCUAUGAUGAAGUGUUUAUCAGGCAUGUGGAUUGUAAAAAGAUGGAAUGGCUGACGGCCUCGAGGUCACUGAGAGAUUUUAAUGGUGAACCGUCUGCUUUGGUCCAGAGCAACAAUGAAGAAGCCUCAUUUCUGAGUGGACCUAUAGACAACAUAAGCGACUGUUUUGGUCAAGGCAAUAAUCAUUCUUUUACUGCAAAGCACUUUAAAAGGACCUCGUCUGCCAGCUCCAGCGAGUCUAUUGUAGAUUCAGCUGCGGCUGUGGGAGACCAUGCUGCUCAAGGACACGAUACAAAGGCCUUCAUGCGUUACUACCAUGUUUUCCGGGAAGGAGAGCUGUGCUCUUUGCUAAAGGAGAAUGUACCUGAGGUUCGCAUACUCAGUUCAAGCUACGAUCAUGGUAACUGGUGCAUUAUUGUGAAGAAAACAGAUGAACAACAGCAAGCAUAACUCUGGAAAAGGGGGGCUUCGGACAUUGCUUCCUGUGGCCUUCAGAGACCUUACUUUCUCCGUCCUCCAUUCUGCAUGGAUUGGUACAAUCUGUACAUGAGGAUGCCAUUGUGAACAAAAAGGUACUUAACAUGUUGCUGGAAAACAAGUUUUUAACAAGGAUGCAUCGACAUUUUAUAUUGCUCUUAGGAAAUUUGCUUUGUGUGUUUCAAACAUUUUAUAAUA